AUGGCCGUGGCGGCGGCCUUCCCCUCCGGCUCCCUCCUCCCCACUACCCCCGGUACCCACCUCGCCCCGUUCACUCUGCGCUUCCCCUUCCGCCUCCGCCCACGGUGCGCCGCCUUGGUUGCCACCGCCGCCACACUCCGCGAGGUCUGCACCGGCCGCGUCCCGGACCACGUCCUACAGAGGGCUGAGGAGGUUGGCUAUGUCGUUCCCACCGAGGUGCAGGAGCAAUCCCUGCCGCUUCUGCUGUCCGGCCAGGAUUGCAUUCUCCACGCGCAGACAGGCUCCGGGAAGACGCUGGCCUACCUCUUGUCUGUCUUCUCCGCCAUCGACUUCAGCAGGUCCUCGGUGCAAGCACUGGUUGUCGUCCCCACAAGGGAGCUCGGCAUGCAGGUUACCAAGGUUGCUAGACUACUUGCAGCGAAGGCCUGCACCGUCAUGGCUUUGCUUGACGGUGCUACCAUGGCAAGCUUGUGCCAGAUGGUCGAGAGGCGCGCAUUGAGCCUUCAAUCCAUGAGAGUGUUAGUUAUCGAUGAGGUUGAUUUUAUUUUUGGGUCAUCAAAGCAAGUCAGCUCUCUCCGCAAAAUAUUAACCUCUUAUUCAGCAGCUUCGAGUCGUCAAACCAUAUUUGCAAGCGCAUCGAUCCCUCAGCACAAUCGCUUUCUGCACGACUGUGUACAGCAUAAAUGGACCAAGAGUGAUGUGGUUCAUGUUCAUGUCCACCCUGUACAGCCCAUGCCUUCGCACCUGUGUCACAAAUAUGUGAUCUGCACCAAGAAGGAAAGGCUGCAUGUUUUACUAUCCUUGCUCGAGAGGGAUGCACCAAAGUCUGGAAUCAUAUUUGUUGCUGAACAGUCUGAGAGAUCAAAGAAGGCUGGAAAUCCUCCUUCAACCACCGUCGUUGCUGAGUUCUUGAGAAAUGAAUAUAAGGGAAGCCUAGAUGUGCUGCUGCUGGAAGAAGAUAUGAACUUCAAUGCUCGAGCUGCCUCGUUCUCUGAAGUGAAGGGAAGGGGAUUCCUGCUGGUUUCAACAGACAUAGCAAGCAGAGGGUUUGACCUUCCUCAAACCAGCCACAUAUACAGCUUUGACCUUCCUAAGACGGCGACUGACUAUCUGCAUCGUGCUGGAAGAACCGGGAGAGAACCUUUCUCCAGGUUGGAAUGCGGCGUGACAACCCUUAUAACAGAGGAUGAGCAUUUCGUGCUUCAGAGAUUUCAGAAUGAGCUCAAGUUUCACUGUGAAGAGCUGCCCCUUGAGUCCAUGUUCACGUUCUCUUGA